GAACAUAGAGUAACUGAGAAACAGCGAGAGGCAUAAGGGGCUAAGAUCUGGUGACUAAGGGGGGGUCCCUUAGUCAUGUGACUAAGUGAAUCUUAGCCCUUCCACCUCAUUAAAAUCCAAUGGUCCUGAUUAAUCCAAUUUAAUGUAGGGCAAUGUAGUAAUUUAAUUAUUUAAUUUUCAUUUACUAAUUAAAAUAAAUAAAAAAUCAGCCCCAAUCCUUUUCCUUCUCCGCGCGACCUGCGUUUUUUUUAUUCCCCAGCGACUUCCGAUCCCGCCGGCGGCCGGCCGCGUGUAGUUCGCCGGCGCCCCAUUUUGACGGUCGCAAUAAUUCCCCCUUGAGAAUUAAAUGGCCCACGAUAACAUACAGAGAGAGAUUCCCCCCUUGAGAAUUCAAUAUCUCACGUCAGAGAGAGAGAGAGAGAGAGAGAGAGAGAGAGAGAGAGAGAGAGAGAGAGAGAGAGAGAGAGAGAGAGAGAGAGAGAGAGAGAGAGAGAGAGAGAGAGAGAGAGAGAACUUUUUCGGCGACGGCGGAGCAGUUUCCCGGCGACCAGAGACGGUGGUGGAUGAUUUUCCGGCAACAGUAUUGAGUUCGUGAUGUUUGUAAUGUUUAUAUUACUAUUUUGUAUACAUUGUAAUGUUUGUAAUGUUUGUAAUGUUUGUUUGUCUAGUUUGUAUACUUUAUGUUAUGAUUUAUACACUUUCUAUUCAUUGAUUUGUAUUUGUAACUUUUGUUAUUCAAGUUUGUAUACUUUUAUGUUAUGAUUUGUAUACUUUGUAUUCAUUUGUUUGUAAUACAAGUUUACCAAUCUGUAUUGUAAGUAGUGAUAUUCUGUACGUGUAGUAUGCUUUGUACUGUUUGUAAUGUUUGUUUGUAAUGUUUGUUUGCAAUGUUUGUAAUGUUUGUUAUUUUGUAAUGUUUGUAAUGUUUGUUAUUUUUGUCCACAUGUUUGUAAUGUUUUUUGCAUCUCAGAGGAUAAGAUCUAAUCAAUGGCGUCGUGGAAUUCAUUUCCCCUGGAAAUCACUUAUCAAACACUGGGCUGGCUCGCCUUCGUCUCAUGGUCCAUCAGUUUCUACCCUCAGGUCAUCUUGAAUUUCCGUCGCAAGAGUGUGGUGGGACUGAGCUUGGAUUUCCUGCUGUUGAAUUUGACCAAGCACUCUUCCUAUUUGAUAUACAACGCCGUGCUCUACUUUAGCCCUGCUGCUCAGCAGCAGUACUUCGAGAAGUAUGGCUAUGAACAGAUGAUACCAGUUGCCGCGAAUGAUGUUGCUUUCUCUAUACACGCUGUUGUAUUGACAGCGAUCACGCUGUUCCAAGUCUUCAUCUACGAACGAGGAACUCAGACAAUCUCCAAGAUCUCGAUAGGAAUAGUCAGUGUAGUAUGGCUAUUCGCUGCAGUCUGUGUCUUCGUUGCUUUACCUAGCCAUUCUUGGCUAUGGCUCAUCUCCAUCUUUAACUUCAUUCAAGUCUCCAUGACGGUGAUCAAGUAUAUCCCACAGGCAGUAAUGAACUUCAUGAGGAAAAGCACUGAGGGGUUCAGCAUCGGCAACAUUCUGCUUGAUUUCACCGGUGGUGUUGCCAAUUACGGACAAAUGGCUACACAAUCGAUCGACCAAAAUUCUUGGGUGAACUUUUAUGGCAACAUAGGGAAGACAUUGCUCUCUUUGGUUUCAAUUUUCUUCGACAUUUUGUUUAUGGUCCAACAUUACAUUCUUUAUCGACCGAAGAAAACGAGUGGUAUCAAUGGGAAGGCGACGGACAAAGGGAACAACGAUCCACUUAUCGAUUCUUCUCAUGAUCAUCAGCCACAAGCUUCAAAUGUUUGAGUCUUGGACAUCUAAGUUCUUAAGUGAAGGGGUGUCGAUUCUUGUAAGUAAUGCAUUGGGAAAUAAUAUGAAAUCCAACUUGUUUCAGCUUUGGUUUUAGUGGUUUUCGUGAAGGUGGUUGGCUGAUAACCUCCCAAAUUUUAAUUGAAGUUUACAUAUAGCACAAUCUCAUGUUAUAAAAUCGCUAUACUCAUCAAAUCUUGAUCUGACUAGCAUUUGUGUGUCGAUUAUGUCAUUGUAACUAACACAAGCCACUCUAAAACUUGACUCCACCUUUAUCCUACAAAGAAUUUUUAAAAUGUCAUAAAUUUAAAGAUUGCCA